AUGUCUAUGAAAAUGCUCAUGAGGAGCCCAGUUUUGCGCACAGUGCGGCCUGCGGGUCGGCUUGCGUUGCAGUACUCGACUAAUGCUCCCCCGAACGGUAACCAAAACGAGAAAGACUCUGUUUCUUCUGGCGUUGGAGACAAGGGAACCUCGACCCAUGGGUUUGAUCCGCUAAAGCCUCGCAAGCCAUUGAGUCGGGUGGCGAUCGGCGGCACUCAGGGUAGCCGUGUAUCGAAGGGCGACGACGCGCCUUCGUUCAGAUCCAACUGGAUGGCUGCCAUUGGCUUUGUCCUUGCUGGUGGCGGUCUCCUGUGGUGGUUCAAGCGAGAGCGACGCAGAUUGGAAGUUCGACGCCUUGAAAAAGAGCACGCAGGCGUUGGCAAGCCUCAAAUCGGCGGCCCGUUCAACCUCAUUGAUGACGAUGGCAAGCCGUUUACUGACAAGAAUCUUUUGGGCAAGUUCAGCAUUCUGUACUUCGGGUUCACCAAAUGCCCUGACGUCUGCCCCGAGGAGCUCGAGGUGCUUGCCUAUGUUCUCAAUGAAACCAACAAGAAAGAGAAGAAGAUCCAGCCUAUUUUUGUGACGUGCGAUCCUGCUCGCGACACUCCUGAAGUUCUUAAAGAGUACCUUGCUGAUUUCCACGAGGACAUCAUUGGCUUGACCGGCCCCCACGAAGAGAUCAAGAACAUCUGCAAGCAGUACCGGGUUUAUUUCAGCACCCCGCCGAACCUGAAACCAGGCCAGCAGUAUCUUGUCGACCAUUCGAUCUUCUUCUACAUCAUGGACCCCGAGGGCAACUUUAUUGAUGUAAUGGGCCGUAACUAUACCGGUCCUGAGGCGUUGGCCAAGGUCCAAGAGCAUCUGGAUGCCUGGAGACCUUCUGGUGAGGAUUCGCGCUCUUGGAUCCAAAAAAUCGUCUCGUAG